AUUAUUGGAUUGGAUUUUCCUUGGAAUGGUGGUCAUGAGAAAGAAUAGGGUGAUGCAAGCAGAGACGUAUAUCUAGAUCUUGCACCAUAUAUAUAAAGAGGGAUACAUGUACAUUGCACCAUAUAUCAUCAAGAAAUUGAUUAUUAUUCCAUAUACUCAUAACUUAGCAUCCAUUAAUUAAUUCCCAUCUUCAUAUUCCAAAUGUCUUCAACAAAGCAAGUAGCGAUCCCAAAUGUUGUCCUGCAAUCAUCCUUCAGCAUGCCGGUCAUAGGCUUUGGAACUGCUGCCUUCGAAACCGGCGACGUCCACAAACAGGCAGUGAUGGAGGCCAUCAAAAUCGGUUACAGGCACUUCGACACUGCUUCUGUAUAUGGCUCCGAACAGGCUCUGGGAGAAGCCAUUGCUGAAGCUCUUAAACUUGGUCUCAUAAGCUCCAGGAAUGAACUUUUCAUCACUUCCAAGCUAUGGUUAUCUGAUAACCAUCCGGAUCUUGUUCUUCCUGCUUUACGCAAAUCACUUCAGAAUCUUGGAUUAGAAUACUUAGAUCUCUACUUGAUUCAUUGGCCAAUGAGUGCCAAGCCCGGAUUAUUUAAAGCCUCUUAUGAUGACGAAAAUGACUUGGUACCAUUUGACUUAGAAGGGGUCUGGACUUCAAUGGAACAAUGUCACAAAUUGGGCCUUGCAAAAUCAAUUGGAGUCAGCAACUUUUCUAUCAAAAAACUUCAACACGUCCUUUCUUUUGCUACAAUUCCUCCUGCGGUUAAUCAAGUUGGGAUGAAUGCUUCCUGGCAACAAAAGAAUCUAACAGAAUACUGCAAAGCCAAGGGUAUAAUUGUAACUGCAUAUUCUCCUUUGGGAGCAAAAGGAACCUUUUGGGAUAGUAACGAUGUUGUGGACAGUGAAUUACUCAAGGACGUUGCACAAGCUCAUGGAAAAACUGUUGCUCAGGUGAGCCUUAGGUGGUUGUACGAACAGGAUGUAACUAUUGCGGUGAAGAGCUAUAAUAAAGAGAGAAUGAAAGAAAACUUAGAAAUAUUUGAUUUUUCACUUACCAAGAAUGACUAUCAAAAGAUUAAUCAAAUCAAACAGACGCGGAAAGGAAGUAAUGGUCCAACUACACUUGUUAUAGUUGACCUAUUUGAUGGAGAAAAUUAGAUAUGUAUUCACAACAAAGCAUUCUUACUUUAGUUUUAGUUUCAGCAUUUUUAGGUGAAAAUUCAGGUGCAGUCAACUUCACAUGAAGUUGAUAGUUGAGAGAGUCGUUAAAAAAAAUUUAGUCAAAUCAGUCAAAUUAUUUAACGAUUCUCAGUUAUCAACUUCAUGUAAAGUUAACUGCAACUGAGUUUUCACCACAUUUUUAUUACUACAAUAAAUCCACCUUCUCAUCCAGUUUCAAAGAUUUGUACUAGUUUUGGGAUGCAUGGUGCUUUAUUAGUUUUUGUUGUACUUGUGAAAUUAAAUAACUGAAAUUGAAAUAAUUAUUUUGAUGA